AUGCACCGGCGCUGCGGGACACCCGCUUCCCGAACGGAUACUUUGCCAACCACCCACAUGCCAAAAAAUCGGGGUGGCAAUUCUCAUAGCCCGUAUGGUGCCCUUUCAAAGCCAGGCUGAAUUGGCGGACCCAGAGGGCCGCUACAUAUUCGUGAAAGGCACGAUAGCCGGACAUCCCUAUACCUUGGCGUGUGUCUAUGCACCCAAUACAGCACAGCAUAACUUCCUGACACGCACCUUGCACGCUCUGGAACGCUUCAGAGAAGGCAUGUUGAUCCUGGCGGGGGAUCUCAACCUAGCCCUGGACCCACGUCUAGACACCUCCCUAGGAACUAGCUCCCUAUCGGCUUCCUACCAACGCAAGGCCCUCACGGCCCUCAAGAACUCGGGGUUGGCAGACUCGUGGCGAGUGGCCCACCCAUUAGGGAGGGACUACUCCUACUACUCUGCGGUCCACAGCCGCUACAGCCGGUUGGACUAUAUCUUCCUCCCCAUUGAAUACCUCUCGCUCUUGCAAUCCAGUGGGAUCCACGCGGCAACUUGGUCGGACCACGCUCCGGUCUGGACUAAGAUUGCCUCCCCGCUGUACAGACCACGGGAGAGGCAGUGGCGGCUCAAUGAGCAGGUCUUGGAGGAGCUGGAGGCGACAGUGGAGAUGGGUGA